AUGACUUCUGGUACUCCAAUAUCAUCACCCAAUCGGUCAGCAAUCGUUCCAAGCUCCAAGGUUCAAAAUGUUGAUACACUUGUGGUCAGCUCUUCCGACGCAUCGACGUUUGAGGAGAUUAUGAAAGAACGAAAUCGGGUGCGCAAAGAAAGGGAAGAAUACAGUGUCGCAGAACUAAAGGUGCAAAUUUCCCGUUUGGAAGACGCCUUGGCCGCUGAAACCAAACGGCGAGUGGAUGCCACCACUAGACUGGAUGACAUGGCAAGAGGACAGAUUUUUGAAAUGGAAGAGCGUUUGCGACAGCAAAUGAAGGAAGAUAAUCAACGUCUUGAGAAUCGAUUGCAACAAGUGGAAUCCCGUUUAGAAGAAUUGGAGUAUCGUUGGAAAAAGGAUUCGGAAGAGCAACUGGAAGCUAUUGAUCAAAAGUCACAAGACUUUGAAAAGGCAAUGAAGUCAUUGCAGGCGGAUCAAGACACCGAGCGAAAGGCGCGAUUGCGUCGGGAGGGCAAUUUGUUACAACAAGUGGAGCAUCAUGUUGCUGAGUUUGAAGUCCGCUGGAAGCUGGAGAAAGAGGAACGAGAAAACCGGGUGCGUUUCUUGGAAGACCACCUCAAUCAACAAAUGGUCAAGCGAAGGGAAGAAGAAAACGUCUUCCAGGAUAAGGUACGAGAAGAACUGGCACUGCUACAAAGAGAAAUGGACGAAGAAACCACGGAGAGAAAGGCCCAAGAUGCCGAAAUUGUUGAAGCACUGAAUCGAUACACCAUGCAGCUGCAACAGAGUCUGAACAUUCUUAGUUCUGACUAA